AGCCAAAGAUUCAGUCUUUUUCUACUGAUUUAGCCGUUGAGUUUCAGUUUCUUCCCCACCAUUUCUCUGCGUUUUCCCCAAUUUUUCAUUUCUUUAAUAUUAUAUUAUUCCUCCUUUGAUUUAAUUAAACAAUUAACAAACCCUAAAAAUUAUUAAACCCCUCCAUUGACCUCCCUCUCCUUCUUCGCCUUGUUAGUCACGCUCUCUCUCUGUGAACAAAAACCCUCAAAAUUCUCGUUCUUUCGGCAAUGCGCGUUGUUUUGCCCCUCUCAGCAUGAACAACAUCUCUCACAGCUUCUCCUCCUCCACCUCCUCCUCCGUCAAUUCCGCCUCCAUCACCACCGCUGAUCCGAAUGCAAUCUCGAGUCGGAGGAGCAUGGAUGGUAGUCAAGCCUUGGCUGCUGAGCCAUCGCGUCGAUGGCGUGACAUUUUCUGGUUGGGAGUGUUUCUAAUUCAUUUGGUUUUGGUGGGAUGUGCACUUAUAGUUCUGGGAAUCAAUAGGUUUAAGAAAACAGAUAGGCUAAACAUAGAUAGGUACACCCAGAGGUUUUUGGAAAAUCAAAGGGGGUUGACGGAGAACUAUUGGCUGCUUUAUGCUCUUGCCGGUGGAGUUGGGACACUUCUUGGUUGGACAUGGUUGUUCUUCCUCCGUUCUCAAGCGAAUCACAUGAUGAAGUUUGCGGUUCACAUCUUGACUACUUAUCUUGCUGUGAUUAGUGUUCUAUUGUUUUGGAUGGAACAGUUUUUCUGGGGAGUUGCAUUUGCGAUUGGUGCUGUAUUGCAGUUCAUGUAUGUUCUUUCAAUUGUGGACAGACUUCCCUUUACCAUGCUGGUGCUACAAGCCGCUGUCAAGAUGGUAUGGAGUCUACGAGAAGUUAUGAGAGUAGCAUAUGCUUUCAUGCUUAUUAUGCUUGUUUGGAUGGUAUUAUGGUCGUUUGGGGCAGCUGGUGUUGUAGCUUCAAGCAUUGGAGAUGGUGGACGCUGGUGGCUUCUUGUGGUUCUCUCUAUAAGCUUAUUUUGGACGGGGGCAGUACUCUGUAAUACUGUGCAUGUUAUAGUGUCUGGGAUGGUGUUUCUUGUUCUUAUCCAUGGUGGUAGGGAGGCACCAUCAAUGCCUCCAAACUCACUGAUGAAGUCUCUUCGGUAUGCAGUCACAACUUCUUUUGGCAGUAUCUGCUAUGGUUCACUUUUCACAGCUUUCAUUCGGACACUGCGGUGGAAGAUCAGGGGAGUUCGGUCCAAGAUAGGCAACAAUGAGUGUCUACUUUGCUGUGUUGAUUUUCUCUUUAAUCUAGUGGAGACUCUUGUCCGUUUCUUUAACAAGUAUGCCUAUGUCCAGAUAGCUGUUUCUGGCAAAGGCUUCAAUCAUUCAGCGAGGGAUGCCUGGGAGUUAUUUCAAUCUACUGGAGUGGAGGCUCUUGUUGCCUAUGAUUGUUCAGGUGCUGUUCUAUUGAUGGGAACUGUUUUGGGCGGGCUUAUUACAGGAACAUCCGCGGGGAUCUGGACAUGGAUUAAGUAUAGGGACAGAGUGGUUAUGGUGGGGUCCACUGCAAUGUUGAUGGGAAUGGUCUUGGUGGGGAUAGCAAUGGUGGUAGUGGAAGGUGCCGUUACAUCUAUUUAUAUCUGUUAUGCAGAAGACCCCUUGUUGAUUCACAGGUGGGAUGCUGAGUUCUUCAACCAGAUGUCAGAGAUGCUACACCAGCGUCUUCAACAUAGGAGCUCACGAGCGAGGGAAGUGUUAACCCACCAUCGCUUUGAUAACCACACACAAGAAACACUCCCUGCCUGAAAAGUUACCCGUGGUAUAAAAUGUACACUGUUAUAGGAAUCUUUGUCACUCACAGAAGAGAAAUGUGAUAGGUUUUUGAAGUUAUUGGUUAGGGAGAGCUAUGUCCAAUACCUUCACGGAAUUGGAUUCAAGUUGAGGUGUGAAGAAUGAGACAGGCAAGCAACUUCGUUGUUCUCUCGAGCAUUCAAUUAUUAAUCAAUAUCAUAUCCAGGUGGAGGUGCUUUGCCAAGGAUUUUUCCGGUGAUGCAUUCGUUACUUCCGCUCCGUUAACCGGAUAUAGCCAUGGAGGUAUCACUUGUUUUUGUUGUCCAUAACUAGGUUUUUUUGUUUCGGGGCCUCGAUUAUGUAAUUUGUGAAUUAUCAAUUCAUGGAAAGAGUACACUUUGAUUUGUAUCUGUUACAUGUAAUCAAAGAUUGCAUGCCUUUAUCAAAUAUAUAUCUGUGUCUGAAAAAUCAAAACAUCCAAGUCCAAUUUUGGAAAACCAGUUGCGGGCUUACGGCAACAUUUUUCUAUAUUUAGCUCAAGGAAAAAGGAGUCACAAGGGGAGAGACUCUGUUUUCGUCAUCAAUGCAAACAUUACAAAAGCAGUAAACUCCAGAAGCUCAGAAAUUGCAGGCAGCAUCAUUACAGCAAAUAAGCUAGAGAGGGAAAAGCUUCUUUUCCUUGUAAUAAGGCUGUACUCGACGCCUUCUCCAACUAGUGGCCCGCAAUAUGGAGGGAAACUUACCUACACUAAAACACCAAACGUGUGAUUGUGGUGGUGUCUAAAUGAAUCAUGCAUUGUCAUGCAGUUUAGCUUUCUUGCAUAAGCAAUGUGUGAUUAAUUUGAAAUAUUUACUUCCAUAUGCUUUCUGAGGAAGUGUUUGAAAGUGGUUUUCCAACGAGUU